AUGUCAGAGGAGUACGACACUGUCGCUCCGCCAGGAGCGAAAAAGAUGAAAACAGACGAGUCAUCGAGCGAGAAGAGGAUAUUAUAUGUUGUUCUCGAAGGUUGCAGCCUCGAAUCAGCAAAGGUAAGGACUAUGCAAUACUUGUGUAGUGACAAACACGCAAACUUUUUGCGGAAGAAUAAGAAAGACCCAGCGGAUUAUCGACCCGAUAUUCUACAUCAGGUCAGCUGCUGGUAUUUUUCCGAACGAAAUAAAAACGUACUGGUGCGUGUGAGUCCUCAGUGUCGUAUACCACGAACCUUCGACAGAUUUUGCGGUCUUAUGGUGCAACUUCUUCACAAGUUAGUUGUUCGUGCGGCAGAUAGUUCCCAGAAGUUGUUAACAGUUAUCAAAAAUCCAGUCUCCAACUAUCUACCAGUCGGAAGCCGUAAGAUAUUGAUGACGUUUAAUACAGAAGAAUUAGUUUUACCGAACAAACUCAUAUCACCAAAAGAUGAAGCACCUCUAGUGGUUGUUAUUGGAGGCAUCGCAAGAGGGAAAAUAGUCACUGAUUACACAGAUCGGGACGUGAAGAUCAGCAACUACCCUUUGAGUGCUGCCCUAACGUGUGCUAAAGUUACGAGUGGAUUAGAAGAGAUCUGGGGAGUUAUAUGA